CCAUAGCAAUGGACAGAAGCAAAUGGACGAAGAUAAUCUCGAACUUCCAGGCAUGUGCACGCGGAUACCUCGUCAGAAGUGAAGUCCGACGUGCGCGUGAAGACUUUGAGGAGAUUGUGGUAGAUAUAGACGGUGGCUUGACCCAUUUAAAGUGGACUAAAACUGUCAUUUCCAUUCCUCUCUUCACAGACGAUGACGGUCCACUGGACUCUCCUGUCAGCUCCUCGUGCAAGCCUUCAGAAGCAGCCUGUGCUCCCCUGACCUCAGCUCCGUCAUCAGAGGAGGCAGCAGAUCUUCAUGUGCUGCUGGAGAGAGAAGAGGCGGAAAGAGACGAUUCACAGGCCUGCUGCUCACCCAGCAUCCCAACCAGAGGGCACGAGGAGGAGCAGAGGCUGAGCGUUAGUGGAGGUGCAGAUGGAGGGGUGAUGGAGAGCGUGAGGUCCUCCAACAUCUGGAAUGAUGUGGAGCCAGACAGGGACUCUCGUAAAGGUCCCCCUCGGCAGUGCCGUUUGGCUCAGGACGUGCCCCGAACCCCAGAGGACCUGCGUCUCCAUAGAAACACACUGACUAUGGAACUGGUCUGGCUCCAACAGGCUAUUGACAGCAGAAAAAAGUACUUAGCACUGAAGAACAGACUGAGCGUGUCGUGAAGAUUAACGUACCGUAAGCUGGACUUAAUGUGGAACGGUUCUGUCGCCUGAACUCGCUCAAGCAGCACCUCUG